AUAGCAGCCGCGAUCGCCUGCUAUAGCGGGCCGUAGCGUUUGGAGGAGUCAGCCGCGAAAUGCUUUUGCCCGCGAUCUUAAACUUUGAUCAUUUCCUACUGAAGAUUUCCACAGCCAUGCUCAAGCUUUACAACAGUGAGCUCUUGACGCACUUGCCGAUCGAGCACACCACCCUCGUGGUGCUCCUGCACAAUGUGUGCCAUACCUACACCAACCUUGAAAGGAAAAUAUCAAAGGUUACCAAGAUUUCUGUGAAGCACAAGUGCUCCUCUACCGGUAGGAUAAAAAGCAGCAUGACAUCUCAAGGAUGGGUAGCACAGAGGACCGUACCCCUUAUACAGAGUGACCCUAAAAUUGGAUGCAAAGAGCUGUUGGAGAAUUUGCAAGAUACAUAUGGCACUACAAUUGAGUAUCAUACGGUGUGGAAAGGCAAAGAUAUAGCACAAAAAGAGAUUUAUGGUAGCAUGAGGCAAAGUUUUCAAUAUUUGUUUAACUUCAAAGCGGAAGUUGAGAAGAGAUCCCCAGGAAGCAUUGUAUAGGUGGAUAUGAAGAUGGUUAACGGUAUAGUUCGCUUUAACCGAUUCUUUAUUGCUCUUAAACCUUGCAUUGAUGGCUUUAAAGCUGGUUGUAGACCAUAUCUUAGUAUAGACUCAACUGCACUCACCGGUAAAUGGAGAGGUCACUUAGCCGCUUGUACAACAUUAGAUGGGCAUAAUUGGAUGUAUCCUGUAGCAUUUGCAUUCAUUGAUGGUGAAACCGAUGAAAAUUGGACAUGGUUCAUGUCACAACUCAACAAGGCAUUAGGUCAUGUUUCCCCUCUAGCUAUAUGCACAGAUAUGCAUGUAAAGGUUUAGAGAAUGCAGUCCAAAAAAUAUUCCCUCAUGCAGAUCAAAGGGAGUGUUUUAGGCAUCUCAUGGCUAACUUCUCUAAAAAGUUCCAAGGAGAUGUGUUUGGCAGAAUGUGGCCAGCUGCUAGGGCAUAUAGGCCACAAGUUUUUAACUACCACAUGAAUAAAAUCCUAGCAGAAGCACCUGAUGUGCAUGAAUAUCUCUCAAGGUACCACAGCUUAAAAUGGAUGAGAUGCAUGUUUGACCCCUCCAUUAAAUGUGAUUACAUCAACAAUAACCUUGCCGAGUCUUUUAAUGGUUGGAUUAAAGAUUACAAAGAUUUGCCACCUGAUGAGCUAGCUGACACUCUUAGAGAGCUAGUCAUGAAACUUCAUGAGAAAAGGAGAAAGAUUGGGAUGAAACUGAAAGGAAAAAUUAUUCCAGCCAUCAUCCAACAGAUUCAUAAUAGGACAAGGGGACUUAAACAUUUGAAAGUUGGGAAAUCUGGAGUUGCAAGUUGUGAGGUGAGGGACACAAGUAAAUACAACUUGCGACAUGUUGUGAAAACUGACCAAAGCGAGUGCACGUGCUUGGAGUGGCAGCAGACAGGGAAGCCUUGUGAGCAUGCACUUGCUUUCUUGCUAGAUAGAAGGAACCCCAGAUGGGAGGAUUAUGUGCAUGACUAUUUCUCUCUGGAGAAGUUUUGGGCAGCAUAUGCUGGAGAGAUUGAGCCAUUGACAGAUAGGUCUCAAUGGCCACAUGUACAAUUUCCAUUUGACAUGGAGGCUCCAUUAGACAAGAAAAGAGGUGUUGGAAGGCCUAGAAAGAACAGGUACAAGAGCUUCCUCGAAGGUGGAGAUGGUGGUCCUAAAAAGAAGAAAGAGCCAAAACAGCUAGGCAGCAAGAAUAGAUGCAAAAGAUGCCACAUUUUAGGCCAUAGGCAGUCCACGUGUCCGUUGAAUGGACCAAAGCCAAGGAAAAUAAAGAAGAGAGCACCAAGAUAUCCAGCUGAUGAUGAUGCGUCGGCACCGGAACCUGAAUUGACAUCCCAACAACCUGAAGUUGUCACUCCCAAUAGGCACAUGAUCACUAUGCCACAAAGUCUUCAAGGCAGUCCCAAUCCAGUGACAAGAAGCAUGUUGGCUUCGGCGUUGGCUGAUUAGGCAACACAUGCAGCACCACAACUUGAUGUGGCCGUCACUCCAACAAGGCACAUGAUCACUAUGCCACAGAGUCUCCAAGGAAGUCCCAAUCCAGUGACAAGAAGGAUGUUGGCCAUGGCAUUGGCUGAUGAGGCGUCGCAGAAACCUACCCCUACCAUGGAGGACACCAUGAUAGCAUACGACAUGGCCUCAAGCUCAAAAGCUAGAAAGUUGACCCCGAAGAGAAGGAAGUACUAGUGAUGUGCUUGAUCUUCUCUAUACUUUUGGUUGUAAUAUGACAGACUUAGCAUCCUUCACUUUGGAUGUAACAUGGCAGCAUGGCAGCUUCUUUAUGCUUUUGGUUGUAACAUGGCCAGUUACUAUGGCCUUGUGCUUUUGGUUGAAAAACAUGGCAGUAAGAAUAUAUUGUCUUGAUAUUGUGUCAUGGUGUAUGAAUAUGUCCAAAUAUAUGUUUGAA